AAUGUGCGUCUGCGUUUGUCUCGUGGGGUGUUAUAGCAGAUGCAUGGGUUAAAAGCGAUGUUGUAUGUUUGUCAUGCAAUUCUUGCUGGUUUGCCUUCGACAGAGCAGUGUAUUCUGCACCGGCACAUCUCUCUCUCUCUCUCUCUCUCUCUCUCUCUCUCUCUCUCUCUCUCUGUGUGUGUGUGUGUGUGUGUGUGUGUAGCUGUCUCAUAUCUGAAGGUAAAUUGCAGGAGAUGGAUACAUUGGUUUGGCCGAAUAUUGUCAUAUUGCAUCCUACUAGUUACCUAAUGCGAUGAGGCACUAAUGCAAUUAAUAGGAUUCAGGUCGCCCUCCCUGUCUUCCUGUAGCUCUCAGAAGCAAGCUGUGUCCAUACAUAACUGAACCCAGUACAUAACUGAUUACCAGCUUAUGCUAGAGACAACAUCAGCAUCUGUUCUUGGCAGAUCCCAAAAGAGUCUGAAGAUGAAGUCUUGCGCUGUGGAGAGAUGAGUAAGACAUCCUGAAAUCGGGUGAUUGGACACCCAUAUAUAAGCAUGGGGAAACUGCAGAGCAAGUUCCGGAGGCGCUCGGACCUUUACAAGGCCAAAGAAGGGGCGGAGCCUGCACCUGUGCACCAGGUAGUGCAUUAUGAACCCGCUCACACAGAUGCCAUCAACUGUGUCAUCAGCUUGACCUCUGACCUGUGCGUGUCAGGAGGGCAUGACCAGGCUGUUGUUGUCUAUGAAUGGAGAGCUGGAAAACGGUGUAAAUCUUUCCGGGGCCACAGCAGAGAGAUUACAAAGCUAUGCUGUUUUAAAGGAAGUUCCUUGAUCUUCAGUGCGUCCCGUGAUAAGACGGUGCUGAUGUGGGAUCUGGGUCGAGAUACAGAACCCGUCCAGGAGUUUUGUGGCCAUGAGCUUGUAGUUAAUGGGGUAGCGGUAAGCCCAGAUGGCUCAAAGCUAUGCACGGGCUCUCGUGAUAACUCCAUGCGCCUCUGGGACAUUGAGUCAGGAGAAUGUCUGCAAAAACACGCCAUCUCACGUAACCUGGUGACUCAUGUGUGCUGGGUACCAGGAAGCACAUCUAUUGUCCAAACCUCAGAAGACAAGACGAUAAGGGUGUGGGAUAGCCGUUCCUGGCAGGUCACUAACACUUUUCCGGCAAAGCAGCACAUCCAGACACACUGUGACAUCAGUUCCAACUGUUACCACCUGCUGUCGUCCAGCAAUGGUUUCGGUGGUCAGGGUAGUGAGGCCACGCUGUGGGACCUCAGACAGCCCGGCUGUAAAGUGGCCGAAUACAGAGGACACCUGCAAACCACAGCAUGCUGCGUGUUUGUGCCUCCCCGUUCCGGAUAUCCUGCUCUCGUGGCGUCAUCGUCAUAUGACAGCUCAGUAAAAAUAUGGGAUCAGAACACUGCAGCGUGUUUGUACACGUUAACGCUGGACGGUUCAGGGCCCUUGGUGUCUCUGGCUCCGUGUGACUCCAGCAGUCUCCUGUGUGCCAGUUUUAACUCAGGACUGCACCAGCUGCAUCUAGAUCAGGGAGCAGUGCCCAGCCUCACUGAAGUGGCUCGCUUCUGACGUCUAUCUGGACCACCUGAAAAAUCUAACUGAACAAACAAACAUAUUUAAUACCUGGAACUCCUGGAAAUGAGAAUGCACACUACAGUAUGUAGACACUCUAUUCUUAUUAAAGGAAUAGGUCAAAAAUUAACAUUUGCUGAAAAUGUACUCAUCUUCAGGCCAUCCAAGAUAUAGAUGAGUUUGUUUUUUCAUCUGAACCGAUUUGGAGAAAUGUAGCACUGCAUCACGAUCCUUUGCAGUGAAUGGGUGCCGUCAGAAUGACAGUCCAAACAGCUGAUAAAAACAUCAUAAUAAUCCACAAGAAAUCGGCGUGUUUAUAAUAAAUCCUUUAAGAUAUUUUUAACUUCAAACCUUAAAAUUGCAUUAAGCCAAAAUAUGAGUCCUCUUUCCAUAACAUCGCAUUCUUCAGUGGAAAAAGUAGUCUCAUCUGAAUCCAAUGAAGUUCAAGUAUUGUUUACAAGCAUUAGAAUUUCUAAAUAAUAAAUA